AGCCUUUGGCCUUAGCAUCCCACUCCCCUCCCACCAUCCCCUGCUGGUGUCUCAGCUCUGUUUGAGCAGAGAGAUCCAGUGGGGAAGCUGCUUUGGGCUCAAGCAAGACUGUUCUCUCAAAAAUUUGCUUUUACCUCCUAAAAGCAGAAAGCUGGAGGUACAGGGGCAGGACAAUGUGUCUCUUUGUGGUGUGUCUGCUCAGUGUCUUGGGGCUGACUGCUCCUGAGCACUACACCGUGGAAGACAUCUGCACUGCAAAGCCACGUGACAUCCCAGUGAACCCUAUCUGCAUCUAUCGCAACCCUGAAAAGAACACCCAGGAGGGUGAGGGGCAAGAGCCAGCAAAGGACAAGCUCCCAGAGUCCACCAACCCCCGGGUCUGGGAGCUGUCAAAAGCCAACUCUCGGUUUGCUGUCAUCUUCUACAAGUACCUGGCUGACUCCAAGGACAAUGGGGAAAACAUCUUCAUGUCACCCCUCAGCAUUUCCACAGCUUUCGCCAUGACCAAGCUUGGAGCCUGUGGUAGCACCCUCCAGCAGCUCAUGGAGGUCUUUCAAUUUGACACCAUUUCAGAGAAAACAUCAGAUCAGAUCCAUUUCUUCUUUGCCAAGCUGAACUGCCGCCUUUACAGGAAAGCAAACAAAUCCUCAGAUUUGGUAUCAGCCAACCGUCUCUUCGGGGAGAAAUCUUUAAGCUUUAAUGAGACUUACCAGAACAUCAGUGAAAUCGUUUAUGGAGCAAAACUCUGGCCCUUGAACUUCAAAGAGAAGCCAGAACUUUCCAGGCAAAUCAUUAAUGAGUGGGUGGCUAAUAAGACAGAGAAGCGCAUUACAGAAGUGAUCCCAGAAAAUGGUAUUGAUGAUCUCACUGUCUUGGUCCUGGUCAACACCAUUUAUUUUAAGGGGCACUGGAAAUCACAGUUCCCAGCUCCAAAUACAAAACUGGAUAUAUUUCAUAAAGCCAGUGGUGAGACCUGCCAGGUCCCAACUAUGUACCAGGAGUCCAAAUUCCACUACACAUUCAUCGCCCAGGACAAAGUCCAGGUGCUGGAGCUGCCUUACAAAGGGGACGAUAUCACAAUGGUGCUGGUCCUGCCCAGUGCCGGGACACUGUUGGAGAAAGUGGAGCGAGACUUGACAUCAGAGAAGCUGCAGGACUGGAUAGAUUCCAUGAAGGAGAUGUCUCUCUUUGUCUACCUCCCUCGCUUCCGUGUUGAGGACAGCUUCAGUGUCAAGGAAAAGCUGAGGAAAAUGGGGCUGGAAGAUCUCUUCAGUCCAGAAAAUGCUAGACUCCCAGGUAUCAUUGCAGAGGGCCGCACAGACUUGUAUGUGUCUGAGGCUUUCCACAAAGCCUUCCUUGAGGUGAAUGAAGAAGGCAGUGAGGCCUCAGCUGCUACAGCUGUCACCAUCUCUGGCCGUUCUUUCCCUAUGAACAGAAAAAUCUUCAAUGCCAACAGGCCCUUCCUGCUUUUCAUCCGGGAAGCUACCCUCAACACCAUCAUCUUCAUGGGCAGGAUAGCUGAUCCUUGCUCCUAAAGGAGCUGGUAGGGCCUCACUUCUCCCUCCUCUGCCUUGGGAAAAGGGGAGGUGGGUUAUUGUCACAAUGCAUGGGCUGCUCCUGGGGUGGUUGGUCUUGCUGUUUGGUGCCACCUGCAGGGAGGGACUGCAUCCAACUAGGCUGUCCCUGCUCUUCCCUGCCAUGUCAGGGGAGGGGGCUCAUAGGUCACCUCACCUGUCCUGUCCUCCAUGGCAAGGAAAACUGAAUUUCAUCUGGCACCAGUAUUUUUGUGGCACCCAAGCCCAGCAUUGCUGUCCUUCCUGUGCCCACCCCUCUGUAACUCUGAUCACUUGGUUCAUUAAAACCUAUAGACCUGUAUGUAACAAACUGCUCUCUGAAUGCACAGUUUACAUUAAGCCACUUCCUAGAUUUAAAUUCGUCUUUUCCAGUAAAUGGGGCCCCACACCAGAAAGGUGAGUGGAGCAGCAGCAGCCAUAAGGCAUGUGCUGGCUGGGCUAGAACACCCUCCUGCAGCUCUGUGUGGGUGAAAGAGCUGCCAAACAGCUGUGCCCUGCUUGCCAGCUGCUCUGGUAUGUCCUGUGUGCCCAAGUGCUAAGAGUCACUAGUGACAGUCUUGCAUAGCUAAGGCUUUGAAACUCUUUUUUAAUAUUAAGAUUUCAUCUAACAGUUACUAUAGCAGCAGUGCCCACGAACCAUGACAGUGCCCAGGUAAGGUAACCAGUAGCUGUAGCUUUGAUAAAAAUUUAUUAUUUUACCUGCAAGUUUACUCCAGGAGCUGAGGUGUCCUGGCCUGCUGUGAGGCCACAUGUGAACAGACCUCUUGUUUUCUCAGGGUGGCUGUACUGCUGUAGCACCUUGGGCAGGGCUGUCCUAAAGACGCAGAAGAUUUCUCCAUUUCAGGCAGUUGUUUGAAACCAGACAGUGAAAGCACAGUUCCUGUCCUCAGGAGGUGAUGGAAGUGGUGUGUGCAGACAGAGGGUUGCACUCCCCAGUGGCCCAUUUACUCCGGAUUGUGUAGGACCAGCAAAAUAUCCACCUUUGUAAAGGCUUCUUUUGGCAGGAAUUACCAGAGUAGCCAAGUAGUGAAGGAGUUAACUUGAACAGAGCUGGUAUGUCAGAUCUUCGGUCACUGGGUCUCUAGUUUUGGAAGCUAUCAGUGGUUUGACUCUUUCCUGUUCCUAGCAGGAUUGCUUGAGCAUCUGUGCAAGUAGUGUGUGAUUAGGACAUGGAGGGCCACCUCCUCCACUGUCCCACAAGCAAACUGUACGAAUCUGAGAGGUGUCCUUAAGGGGCUAACAUGCUCCCCUGGAGCAGUACCUUGGAAAGAAGCUGUGAAGAACUGGGAACCUGGGAGAAAAGGGGAAGCAUUUUGAAAAUAGAGUUCAGAAAGCAGCUCUUCCUCUCCCUCUCCCUGCCCUCCUCUGGCAGUUACCACUGUGGCAUUUCUUGAUGGAUCCCAUCUUCUGCCUGUGAACAUCACUGAAACACACAACCUCCUAUAAUCUCUGCCUUUUUCAGUUGUGCUCCAAGCUGUGGAGAUGGACACUGGUGAAAGAGGAGGGCUGAGGAAAGGCCUGGGUCUCCCUAGCAUGGCACUGAACCAAAAUACUUCCCCUGCCAUAGGCAGCUGGGAAAACAUCCAAAACUUGACCUGCAGCAAGAGCACAGGGCUUGUUCCUCCUGGGGAAACUGAAAAUGGCUGAGCCUGCUGAAGAGGUGAGACAAAACUCAUGCAAUAAGGACAGAAGCCAUUUGAGUUGCCAGGAACAGCCUGGCACUGUGCAACCGCAACCUCUCUUAAGCUGCGCAGCUUAAGGCAGUGGGGAGCUGCCCACAGCUGAGAUCAGGUGGAAAAUCCACGUUGGGUCAGUACCAGUCAGCCAUAAGACACAGACAAGGACCUGAGUAUUAAACCAUUUAAUUCUCAAACCACUCACAUGCAUAAUGUUCUUUUACACAGUGUUAAAAGAAAGAAGAAAAUUCGUUUUUUCUAAUACAAACAGAAUUUCAAGUAUACAUUUAUAGCAUUUUCCAAAUUCUUACCCAAGUUGCUAAAUUUUCAUUCACAUUGUUCUUAAAGCUGUCCAAUGAGAGCGCUUUUUGCUAAACUGCUUUCAAUGCAAUUGUACAGUCCCCUUUACCUUGGUUUUCUUUCCCCCUUUCCCAGUUCUGGUUCCCCUUCUACCCCUGCUCACUCCCCUCCAGCAGUGCUGGCUGUCCCUGGACACAGUGGCCAUGGAGCUUCUGUUUGCCAGCACCCGCUGGAAGAGGAAAAGGGAAGCAGUCAUGGAGGACCAGUUUGGAAACAGCUUGCAAAAUCACUGAAGAACAGUCUGAUAUCCACAAGUUACAGAAGGCUUCAGCCUAUUCUAGACUAGUCUGAACACUGACUUCUUUUUCUUGAAAUAAGGACUGCAAUCAAAAAUAAAAUAAUAAAGAAUAAUUAGUACAGCAGGAAAUUUCUUAACUGUGAAAUUAAGUCUUGAGUAUUAGGACACCUGUCCUAAAAAGGUUUGGUUUACAGGUCACUAGUUGAAGGCGACAGCAAAACUUCUGUUACAAAUGGUUACUCUGCAAACCAGCUCACAGCAGAAUCAAUGUGGGACACAAAAACUUGGAUUAAAAAAGAAAAAAAACCAAACAGAACUGACAAGGUCUCCAUAUUCAUGUUAUGGAAAAACCCCACAACCCCAGUAACAGUUUUCUCUUAGCUUUGCUAUUCAGCUUAGCUCAGCCCUGGGCCACCAGCUGGGUUGUAACUGGGUGCAACUUCUGACCUGUUAAAAAAUGGGGUUUAAAUCUUCUUGAUAGGCAAGGGUGGGUUUCUCUUGACACAUUAUGAAGUCCCUUAACAGCCACCAGCCCCAUCAGUGCUUGGGCACAGUGGGGCUACUCCAGGUGGUGUGGGGGCCAUGCUGGCCUGGGGGGCUGCUGGAGGUAGAGCUGCCAUGCCCAAGCAUCUGGCAACAUUGCUUCCCCCCAAGCUGUGGCUGCCCUGGAGCUGCCUGCCCAUACAGCCGUGUCCCAAGCCAGCCACAGCUGUACUCAUCUGACCAGUU